AUGCAGCAGCAAUACGGUUCGCCCCCUACUCAACAGGGACAACGGCAGACGAUGCAGCAAGCGAUGCAGCAAUUCAUUCAGCUGCCUGCGCAACAAUUUGUUCAGCUGCCCGCGCAACAGAACGUGCAGCAAUUCUCUCCGGAUCCUUACCAGCAGGACGCCGUCCAAGGUCACACUCAGGGGAAUGUCACGUUCGGACGGUUCGUCGCCAGCCCCAUCAGCAAACCAAUGAUAGCGCGACUAGUCCCGGUGGGCGCAGCAACACCGAUCCGGUCACCUCCACCGCCUCCAGAAGGCAGGAGGAAGCCGCCACCGCCCCCUAUCGUCGUCGCCUCCCAGCGACAGCCUCAAGUCCGCAUGCAGAGCGAUGCAGGCAAAAACGUUGUGUGCUUGUCGUUGGAGAACAAAAUGUUACUCAAGGAUGAUCAAAAAAAGAGACGAAAGAAGCCGAAGAGAACGAGGAUUAUCUUGGAAGUGUCGACACCGAGUUCUGAAGCACCGCCACCUCCGCCCGAACCGUCACCUGCUCCCCCUCCUCCAUCUCCUCCAUCUCCUCCUCCUACUCCACCGAAACCUGCACCGAAAAAGCCUGCACCCGUGGAAGAAGAGAUCGAACCAGUAUCUGUGACUGCGUGCGCCGUAACCUUUUCCUUGUUAUCUCUCGUGAUCAGUGUUGCGCUUGCAUAUGUCUAUGAUCCCAGUCUACUCGGGUUCUGA